ACUGCAGUCAAAACGUCAUGACCUUUGAUCGCAUAAUUUUUGUGAAGUUCAUGUUGUCCACAUGUAGGCGCAAAUCGGACAGUUUUUAACCACUUAAUGCAAUGCAUUUUGAAAGUCGAUUUGACAAAAGUGAUCCGCUGAACGUACCCAUGAACAGGAUCGCAAUCUGCAGAGAGGAGAAAUCAAUCAUAGCUCACUGUGUUUCAGGCUCUGCUGUUCAGUCAUAGCUCACUGUGUUCAGGCUCUGCUAUUCUCAUGUAGUGCACCGGAUAAAGUUUGCACGGUCCGGAAUGCGCGAGACCAAAUUCGUCUAUUGGUUGGGACAACAAUAGUUAUCGUUGUAUUGAGUUUUAGGCACCACCAGCAUCUCUAGUACCACGCAAACGAGGAAACCGAAGUUACGACGGGCUUGUUUGUCUGCAUUCUGCAGGGAAUGUUUCACAAGGAGAGACCCACUUUCUACCGACAGGAGCUCAACAAGACGAUAUGGGAGGUCCCGGAGCGGUACCAGACCCUGUCCCCGGUCGGCUCGGGAGCCUACGGGUCCGUCUGCUCGUCGUAUGACGUGAAGUCGGGGCUGAAGAUAGCGGUGAAGAAGCUGUCGAGGCCGUUCCAGUCCGUCAUUCACGCUAAGAGGACCUACAGAGAACUACGACUCCUCAAACACAUGAAACACGAGAACGUGAUCGGCCUGUUGGAUGUGUUUACGCCCGCUACCAGCCUAGAGGAGUUCAACGAUGUGUACCUGGUGACCCACCUGAUGGGGGCGGACCUCAACAAUAUCGUCAAGUGUCAGAAACUGACGGACGACCACGUUCAGUUCCUCAUAUACCAGAUCCUCCGGGGUCUCAAGUAUAUCCAUUCAGCAGACAUCAUCCACAGAGAUCUGAAGCCCAGUAACUUGGCAGUGAAUGAGGACUGUGAGCUCAAGAUCCUGGACUUUGGUUUGGCGAGACACACUGAUGAUGAGAUGACGGGUUACGUAGCAACCAGGUGGUACCGCGCCCCAGAGAUCAUGCUUAACUGGAUGCACUACAACAUGACAGUUGACAUCUGGUCGGUGGGCUGCAUAAUGGCGGAGCUGCUAACCGGAAGGACGUUAUUCCCCGGCACCGACCAUAUUAACCAGCUGCAGCAGAUCAUGAGGCUGACAGGUACACCCCCGGCCUCUGUCAUUAGCCGGAUGCCCAGCCACGAGGCCAGAAACUACAUUAAUUCCCUUCCCCAGAUGCCCAAGAGGAACUUUGCUGAUGUGUUCAUUGGCGCUAACCCACUAGCGGUGGAUCUGUUAGAGAAGAUGUUGGUUCUGGACACUGAUCAGCGGAUCACAGCGUCAGAGGCCCUGGCCCACUCCUACUUCUCCCAGUACCACGACCCAGGCGAUGAACCAGAGUCUGAGCCAUACGACCAGAGCUUUGAGAGCCGUGAGCUGGAGAUAGAGGAGUGGAAAAGGUUGACCUAUGAGGAGGUUUGCAGCUUCGAGCCCCUGCCAUUCGACGGAGACGAGAUGGAGUCCUGAGGGAACUAGGGUGAUGUCAUUGAUAAUCUUGCUGCCUUCUCCUUCUCUUAUGGAAUUGUGUUGAGGAGGAAGUGGCAUGUAGACAUUGAACUCGGACCAGUUAUGCGUUUCCUCCCCUAAUGGUUUAGGUUAGGAUCUGGGAGUAGGUUGAGCUUAUCUUAGAUAAGAAUUUAGAGGCAACUUCCUCCCAGAGUACACAACCUUGUGUGAGGACUAUCAACUCUCCGGACUAUUUAACAAACAGACAAAUGGGAAACCACGACAUUCAAGUGUCUGUCGUCGUUCAUUUCUGGGGUCAUUCUCGGGUUAGAGAUCAAGGGUUAAAGGUGACCGACCCCACCCUCCCGCUUGCUGUAUUAUAUUAUAUUGUCUAUGUUUUGGUCUCUGGGCCGAACUGGGGAAAUGACUUUGUAAUAUUGUAUCUACUGUUUGUGUGUUUAGAAUAUCUGUUAAGUUAGCUUCAGAUUUUCACAUGAUUUGCUAAAAAGUAUCUUAUUUAAUAAAUUCCUGGAAAUGGUG